AUGUUCCUUCGAAAGCAGCGGCGCGCAAAAUCGGAACUACUUCCAGACAGUUCAUUGAGUAGUCGCGAAUCAGCCAAGAGCUCGAGGAGCUUGUUUUCUUUGUCAAAAACCCUCUUCAGGACGUCAAACAUCUCGGGCGAUCAAGCGGAGGAUGUGAAGGGCUCGCUUGGGCUGAACCUCCUAUAUUCCCCGACGACGCCGGAGAUCGACUUCAUCUUCAUUCAUGGUCUAGGCGGUAAUUCUAGGAAAACAUGGAGCAAGUCGUCCCUGCAAUCUCACUUCUGGCCAAAGGAGUGGCUUUCGAAAGAUCUCGCAUUCAAGAAUGUGCGCAUCCAUAGUUAUGGAUAUGACUCGCAUUAUUUGAAGGGAAAGGAGGACUGCUUGAAUAUACACCACAUUGGCAAGUCAUUCCUAGGCGCGCUCAGCACUUCGCCAUACAUUAUGAAUUCCAAGACAGACCUUGUUAUCGUCGGCCACAGCAUGGGUGGCUUGGUUAUGAAGAAAGCAUAUAUCCUGGCAAAACAAGACGCAAUGCACAAUAUGCUGGCUGCGCGAAUCACCGCAUUAUAUUUCCUCGCCACACCGCAUCGAGGUGCCGACUCAGCAAAGAUGCUGAAGAACCUUCUCAAGGUUGCGUAUGACCGCGCUUAUGUUGGCGAUCUGGAACCGAACUCUGGGGCGGUCCAAGUGAUCAAUGACGAAUUCCGCCAUUUUUCGGCCGAUCUUGAGCUCUGGUCGUUCUACGAAACGCAGGAUAUGAGAUUAUUUAACUCACUCAUUGUGGAUCCCGAGUCGGCCGUCCUCGGGUACCGUGAAGAGAAGCAGAUACCCAUGACUGCUGACCACCGCUCGAUAUGCAAAUUUGACACACCUGAAGACCCCAACUACGUCAUCCUGCGGAACUCACUCGCCUCUACUGUGAGCAGGACUGCCACAACAGCUCUAGAGCUGAAGGCAAAGCAGAGACGUGAUAGGAUUAAGAGCCUCAAGAAGUACCUGGAAGUUUCCGACGUCUUGGAUGAUGAUCUUGCAAACGUCUGCGAAGCUCGGACGCAAGGGUCAUGCGGAUGGAUAUCGGCUAAAGCCAGCUACGCCAAAUGGAGAGACGGCGAAUGCGAAAAAGAUAGGGCGCUGUGGAUUAAGGGAAAGCCAGCAACUGGGAAGUCUGUUCUCGCCGGCUAUGUCAUCGAUGAGCUCAAGCAGUCCGGCCAAGCUUGCAGUUACUUCUUCUUCAAGCAUGGAGACAAGAUGAAGGCCAACCUAGGUCGUUGCCUCCGAUCUCUGGCUUUUCAGAUGGCUAGCUCAAAUGCCGAAGCUAGUGAUGCCAUCCUAGGGAUGCAAACAGACGGUGUUUGCUUAGAUCGUGCCGAGGACCGUACUCUCUGGAGAAUCCUCUUUCUUUCUGGAAUUUUCCAGGCCGCCAUGACUCGGCAUUACUGGGUAAUCGACGCCCUGGAUGAGUGUUCCAAUCCUCAGGUCCUCCUACAUUCCAUUCUUUCCAAUAUGGACGAAUCUAUGCCCCUGAGAAUUCUCGUCACAAGUCGGGAUACGGCUGAUCUGGACCAAGGUUUCUCGGUGAUUCCACCUAACCUAGUCCAGUCGCUAUCAAUCUCGACAAGAGACACGGAGCCAGAUCUCAGGCUUUUGGUUGAGAGGAGGACCUUGGUCUUAGGUGUCGUGGGACCUGAUGAUCGAGGUGCUUUAGCAGAAAAGAUACUAGACAAAUCUAAGGGGUCCUUCCUGUGGACAAUUCUAGUGCUUGAUGAUCUCUCGCGCUGUCACAGCAGGAAUGAAAUUCACCAAAUUCUCGAAAGCGUGCCUAGAGGCAUGGAGUCACUAUACAAGCGGACUUUAGACUAUAUGUCGCAGGCCGCUCGUGGAAAGGAGCUCGCCAAGACUAUUCUUAUUUGGGCAGCAUGUGCGGUUCGACCGCUGACAAUCAGUGAGCUGGACGGUGCUCUUUCCCUGGACAUCCACGACUCGUUCCCAAGAUUGGAGGAAAGCAUCGCCGCGCUGUGCGGUCAGCUGGUGGUCGUGGACAAAUAUGGGAAAGUCAAGAUGGUGCAUGAAACUGCCAGAGAAUUCCUUGUAGAUGGCGGAUUUGAGUCCGAGUUCUCCAUCGAGAAAACUGAGGCGCACACACGGAUAGCUCAGGUGUGUCUCAAUUACCUUAUCGGGGAGGAAAUGAAGCCUCCUAGGAACAGCCGACACCGUUCUUCGGCAAAUUUGCCAGCAAAAAGACUGGAUUUUGCCAUGUACGCAUAUACAGCAUACUCGUAUCACCUCUCGAGGGCUGAUCCGGCGGUGGCAGAGACGUUCCAGCUUGUCGUUCAGUUUCUAAAAUCCAACGUCCUCACUUGGAUCGAAACGAUUGCUGAGUCUCGAGAUCUCAAUCACCUCAUUCGUGCCUCAAAACAUCUCAAAACUUACGCCAAUGCGUGCGCCGUUGAGCGUUCACCACUAGACCCUCGGAUACAAUCAAUACGUCAGUGGUCUACAGACCUCGCUCGGAUUCCAGCCAUGUUCGCCAACGCCCUCAUGGUAUCGCCGUCGGCAAUAUACUCCUUGAUACCUCCAUUCUGUCCCACUGAUUCUACAGUGUUCAAUACCGGGGGCUCGGGCCGGAGGCUAGAAGUCCUUGGCGCGCCUAACAAGCAAUGGGAUGACAGGUUACUUUGUAUCGACUUCCGUCAGGGUCAACCAAGGGCUUUGCGCUAUGGAGAUGAGUUUCUAGCUGUCGGUCUCAGCUCGGGAACUGUAUUAUUGUACCAUGCCAUAUCCCACCAGGAGUACAAGGUCUUGGAGCACGGUGAAGCAGUCAAGUUUAUUGCUUUCAAGACCAAAACCGACCUUGUAGCAACUUGUGGCAUGAAGUUGGCCAAGAUCUGGGACAUCAGAAGUGGGCAAGUGGUCCGCAGCCUAGCGAGUCCUCCACGUCCGCUGGCAAUGGAAUUCGAUGGAGAGAGACUCUUAAUUGCCAGUGGCAAGAACUACGUUGCAACUUGGGAUUUGGGACAUAGCGCCCGGUCUGAGUCGGUGCGGAGGCCAUGGUGCGAUACCGAUACACCAGAGACAAACCGCACGCCGCGUGGGACCCCAUGCGCACUGGCUCUCUCUACCAGCCACGAAAUGCUUGCUGUCGCCUACAGCCGCCAACCCAUUACGCUAUGGGACAUGAGAGAGGAAGUCUACGCUGGUAGCUGUGGAAAGAAACUCUCCAGCGGAGAGACCAGUACGCAUGUCGUCAUCGCGCUUGCUUUCAAUCCCAAUCCAGAUAUUAGCCUUCUCGCAGUCGCAUACCUUGAUGGAGAUCUUGCACUUCUUGACCCGUUUGCCGAUCAGCAGCUGGAGUGCUUUCGUGCCAACUGCCAGACACUCGCCCCAAGCCCGAAUGGACGCCUCCUCGCAGCGGGUGGUGCAAAUGGGAUUAUCCACGUCUAUGAAUUCGAUACGCUUAAGCUCCUCUACCAAGUCAAGUCAUAUAACUCUUAUAUAAAGCAGCUUGUCUUUACUAAAGACAGUAUGCUUCUUGCGGACAUACGAGGCGCACAGUGCACUGUCUGGGAACCUGAAGCUUUGUUGCGGGAGUCCAUGAGCGAUGACAGCAGCGGGGCCACUUUUACUACAGUGGUCGAGGCGAUUACCAUAGAAGCGAAAGCAAAGAUUACUGCAAUGGCGGUCCAUCACACGUUCGAAGUUAUCUUUUGCGGAAAGGACGACGGAUCAGUCCUACUACACGAACGAAAAACGGCUGCGAGCUUAGGGACUCUCUAUAGCCACAAGGCACCAGUACGCUUGUUGGCCUGGAUUAAGCAUAGAGAUGCCCUCAUAAGCGUUGAUGCCGCAAACAAAAUCUUCUUACAUAAAAUUCAGAAGUCAACUGACAAAGGUUGGCUCAGCAAUCUGACGGUACUCUUCAAGUCCCACCUCGACUCCGUGGAGGCAAUCACAGAUGUGCUAGUAGGGGGGGAUAUGGCGGCGAGGUUCCUGGUAUCAACUCGCGAGUCUGACCACCUGUUCAAUUUGGACAGCGGUAAGCAUGAGAUAGAGCGGUCAUAUCCACAGAUGCCAGGUAUUCGCAAAUGGACCUCGCAUCCAAAAUCCUCUCUGCACCUUAUCUGUGUCAACAACUUCAAAGUCUGCACCUACCGCUGGAGUGACUGGUCUGAAGUUUCAUCCAUUAUAUUAUCAGUGGACGCGAAGGCAGAGCCCAAAAGCGCGACCCUCUAUUCACUUGAUCAAAAACAAAGAAUCAUGCUUGACUUGUUAUAUCCGGGAGGCUCCGUCAACAUCAAAAGAAUUGCGAUACUUGACGCAGACUGCCUUCCCGUCGAAAGCAAUGAUAGCAGCUUCUUGCUAGGGAAGCAAUCAGAUGCUGUGGCGGCGUUAGGUCAACCUGCCAGAGAUCAAGAAGGGGAGAACAUGGUCACGACAUCGAAUCUAGGUGCUCCGCUUGGUUUACGGAUGACCGCAUUGGAACUAAGUGUGGCCCAUGUCUUCGGAGUUGACGAAUCCAACAAACUUAUAUUCUUGAACCGGUCUUUUUGGGUGUGCUCUGUUGAUCUCGGCGAGCUGGAGAUCUCGCAGCGUGGGUAUUCCCCGACGCUCGAUGUCUUUGAGCAUUUUUUCCUCCCGUGCGAUUGGUUUGCUGGGAGAAGGGACAUUGUUUGUGCCUUGGUAAAGAGAGAUAUUAUGUUGACUAGGGGUGGCGACCUGGCGGUGAUUAGGGGUGGUCUUGACUAUUCCAAGAGAGUGCGUAUAAAAUAA